AUGACUAUGAAUCCGACUUUGUAUUUGUAUAGAUUUCCCGGUCCACGGGGACCAGGGCCGUAUACAAUGAAGUAUUGGUGGACCCUGGGAUGUUUUCCUACUGGCAGAGAAAUGCCAUUCCGUUUACAGGAAUUUUUGUUAACUUACCAGCAGGAGCACGUACCGAUUGAAGUGGAAGAGUGGCUGCGUUGCUUUGUGAAAGAUCCAUUGCAGGAACUUCAGAACGCUUCCAAAGCGUUGUUUGAUGCAGCUGAAGCGUCUCCAGAAAUGGAGUCUACGCGUGGUUAUAGAGCAAUUCAACCAAGUAUAAUACCUUUACUAGCGCCAAUGGAGAAAUUUGGGAGACAACUUGGCGUUAAAAUUUCUCCUACUGGGCUUCGUGCUGUUCUUUCUAAUACCACACUAAAGGAACGUUUUUUGGAUGAUUUGUUUGAAUACCAGGAGAUACUUGAGAAAGAAGGAAGUACACCCCACCGUCGUUUGGCUAGAAGAAGCCUGGAGAAAUUAUUGCCUGAAGGAGAAGCAGGCGAGUCUUUUGUAUCUACACAACAGAUUGUUCCAGUGAGCAAAAACCUGGGCAAUUUUGUAGGAGCUGUCAUUUCCCCUCCGGAUACCACUGCGGCUGAUGAAAGGAAAUUAAUUCAUUUGUUAACAACCAUUUCAGAAGGUUGUGCUGGUUGUGGCCACUAUGACGAUGCAAGAUCAAUGUUAGCUGGUGCACUGAUGUUUUGUCAUGACGCAGAUGCACAAGCUGUUACUCAUGCAAAUUUGGCUAUUAGUUCCUUUUUGAAUGGAGAUUUUAGGGAGGCCGAAUACAAUGGAAGAGAAGCGGCACUUCUGCAACCCGAGGCAAAAUAUGUUUCCUCUGCAGGGGCUAGGGGCUACGCGGUGUGGGCUGCUGCUGUAGCAUAUCAAGAUGAUUUUGACCGGGCGGAAAGAAUCAUACACGAUGCACUUGCUUUGUACUCGGGUAAUGAAGAGCUUAAAAACAUGUCGGCACAGCUUCAAAAAAUACGUGUUGCGCAAGCAUCUUUAUCUUAUAGUGGAGAGGUUCCAGAAUUGCUGAGAGGAAGCAGGUGCCAUUUGCCGUCGCAGCAGUCAAAAGCUCUUGCUAAGGGAAAUGGGAAGGGGUUUGAUAAUGAAUUUGAUUGGGUGUUGUUUAAGAACAAACUAUAUCCAAGCAAAAUGAAUCCAAGCACCAAUGAAAUGGGUUCUGUCUUUCGUCGUGUAGGUGAUAUGGGAAUGCUUAUUUCAAGUUCAAGAUCCAUGGAACGACUGUAA